AUGACAGUAUCAGCGGGCACUUUUGUCACCCAGACCAUCCAAGCCAUUGAAGUGAAAUUCUACUGGCCCAUUCUGUGGAAAGCUGCCAAGGCUUUCAUAGCCUCAUAUCCUAUGUGCCAGAUAACAGGAAAUACAAACAAGGUCAUCUUCAAGGUUCCUAUCAAGGAUGUUCCCUCAGUUGCACAAGAAGGAAAGGAGGCUGAGGAUAUCCCCUCAGGGCCAGGGCCUCUCAAAGGAACCAUAAUUAAGAUGCCAGCCCCAUCAGCGAGUGCAGUUCUACUCAGCCUUGAAGCUAUUACUCCAGGACUUGAGGAUCAUAACAACACGGAAGUGCCCCCGUCACCUAUAGACCGUUCCGAGGGGACUGUUGGUCUCCCAACCUCUACUCCUUCCCCAGAGCCUCCAGAGGAAGAUAUAUCUCCGGUGAUGAUUACUAGCCCUCAUAAUCCUCCCCAUCCUAUCUCUCCCCCCCAACCCCCCAUCAUAGAUGCAGAUGAAAGUGAUCAUGAGGGGCGAGAAUUUCGACCUAAUAUAUCAGUUUCAAGAUAUAAAUUAUUCCGGGAUCAACCACCCCCAGGGGAACUUACUGACACUCCAACCAGGGUCAUUUCCAACACAAGUGCCAGUCAAUCCCCCACGACGAGUGACUGCCCACUCCCCCUGGCUAACCCCCCAUCCACCCAAAUUAUCAGCACAUUCAUCUCCCAUCUUCAUGCCCAGUCUACUCAGAUGCGGUCAAGUGAAGAUAAGUCGGCAGCUGGCAACUCUAGCGGUGCCAAGCACACAAAGACUGCAGAGGCUAGAGGGCUGCCAUUAUGGGUCUUUGAUGAUCGGAAGAUUGUGCCAUCUCUAUCUCCACCUCCCUUUCCUUCCAAUCACCCACUCCUCCAUCGUACUUCUGUCUUCCCUUCCCCACCUCCUCCAUCGUACCUACCCCAACCAACUCUUUUCAACAAUCAUUUUGUACCUAAUGAUGUCGAAAUACCCGACGAAUUGGUGUCAGGAGAGCAUAAAUUACUCACCUGA